CUCCCUCUUUAACCUCUAUUACACACCAUAUCACCUUCAGCCAUUGACUUCCCUGUAGUCGUUGUCUCUCACAUCAAUCUAUUCCCAUUACAUUGGGCGCCAUGUAUCUUACCACGCGGCUCUCGGCCGUUCUACGUUCUCCAGUUGCCACACUGAGCCUAAGAGAAACGUUUAAGCCACAUAAAAAUAUAGCAGCCAGGGCUUAUGGUGUCUCAGCCCAAGGAAGUCAACCCGCAGAAGCUGAAGAAAGCCGCGGCUGGUUAAAAAACCUUCUAAGGGUUCGCACCUUGCCGACAACCAGUGAAUCUCAUUCAAGCCAGCUUUCAUCGAAGGAGACAGUCAAUGAGUUACAAGUUCACUGCGUCAAACCAGAAUGUAUGGAGGAAUAUCUCGCCCAAUACAAUGAGUUUCAAAAGUUGGUACAUGAGAAACGCUGGGGUGCACAGUUGGUAGGAAGUUUCACGGUUGAAGUUGGUGACCAAGAUGAAGCUAUUCACAUCUGGGAAUAUGAUGGUGGCUACCCAGCACUGAACAAUGCCACAGUGAAAUAUCGUACUGAUAAGGAUUUCUUGGAGUUCCGAUCAAAGCGUAACAAGAUGUUACGUUCUCGACGUAACCAGAUUUUGUUACGUUUUAGCUUUUGGCCACGUGAAACACCAUCACCUGACCGCAGUCACAUCUACGAGUUGCGUAGUUAUGUGUUGAAGCCUGGUACCAUGAUUGAGUGGGGUAACAAUUGGGCUCGUGGUAUCCAGCAUCGGCGCACCAACAAUGAAGCCGUUGCAGGCUUCUUUUCGUCCAUCGGACACCUGUAUACAGCUCACCACUUGUGGGCAUAUGAAGACCUCCAGACGAGGAAGGAAACACGUGAGGCAGCUUGGCGGCGACCUGGAUGGGACGAGUGUGUGGCAUAUACAGUGCCGCUGAUACGACACAUGGAGUCACGCAUCCUGAUUCCAACACCAUUUUCACCAUUGCAGUAGUAGCAGUUAUUAAAUAUACAAGAUAACGCAUUGCAACAUCACUCUAUACAAACUUGUUAAAGAAAAGCUAAAAAAAAAAAGGAAAAAAAUAAAAAAGAAACCCACCUGCUUUCAAACCCCUUGUCAUUGUAAUUCUACUCUUUAACAUCCAACCACAAAAAUAAAAAUAAAAAUAAAGAAAUGGUGGAAUCUUCAAGAGUGUAGCUGCUGCUGCUGCUGUUCUUAGAGUGGGACAUCUUCAGGUACCCACCUGUACUACUGAUGCUUAUAUUAGUACUUGGGAGUAGAAGCUGAAGCAUUUUCUAAGAAACGGGUGGACACACACAUGCACGCACACAUACACAUACACAUGUACACACUAGUUUUCUCUCAAGUUAAGAAAACACUUCUAUUUGUAAACUAUAUUUACUUCCUGCUCUCUGACCCUCUUUUCCCAGCUUCUCUUCCUCCUCCUCCUAUCACUUAUAACAAAAAAUAUAUCUAACUAUAUAUAUGUGUGUAUAUAUAUAUAUAUUAACUUUUUUUCUUCCCUCCAGAAGUGAUUUAUAACUUCAGAAAUAAAAUAAUAAAGUGUUUUAAAAUGUCAAUGGCAGGGGGAGAUUUUGAUUUUGAAUAAAACUUUAAUAAAGCGUU